ACCCUCUUCAGUUCACACUCCACUGCUUCAUACAUUUCACCAUUUUUUCCUAAACGAGUAAAUUAAGUAAACCAAAAAUCUUCACUAUUAGUAAUUUAUUAUUUUUAUUAUUCUACUUUUUUAGAUAAAACCCUAACUGAACCCUCCGUUUCUAUCUCCGGCGACCGCAAUGGACUUCACUCCGCCGCCGAUCGAGGACGGUUUCACCGCCGAGAAGCUCUUCACGCAGGGCUUCUCCUACACCUACGAUGACGUCAUCUUCCUCCCCCACUACAUCGACUUCCCCGCCGACGCCGUCGACCUCUCCACGCGCCUCACGCGCCGCCUCCCUCUCGCCGUCCCGCUCGUCGCCUCGCCCAUGGACACCGUCUCGGAGUCCGCCAUGGCCGCCGCCAUGGCCUCCCUCGGCGGCAUCGCCGUGCUCCACUCCAACCUCCCCGCCGCCGCCCAGGCCGCGCUCCUCCGCGCCGCCAAAUCCCGCCGCGUCCCCAUCCUCUCCGACCCGCCCUUCGCCGCGCCCUCCGCCGUGGUGGAGCACGCCGACGACUUCGGCGACUCCCCCUUCCUUCUGGUGACUGACACUGGGACCUCGGCCGGGAGGCUGUUAGGUUACGUCGCGAAACGCGAAUGGAGGAAUCAAAACGACAAGGGCUUGAAAGUGGGCGACUACAUGGCGCCCCCUCCAAGGAGGGCGCAAUGGAACGCCGACUUGGUGAAAAUUAGUGGGAUGAUGGAGAGUGAGAAGAGUGGUGUGGUGGCUUUGGAGAGGGAUGGUGGGGUGGUUGAUUUUGUGGCGAGGGAGGAUGUGGAGAGGGUGAGGGGGUACCCCAAGUUGGCGGCGGCGGCGACGGUGGGGGCCGACGGGGAGUUUAUGGUGGGGGCGGCGAUUGGGACGAGGGAGGAGGAUAAGGAGAGGUUGGAGCAUUUGGUGAAGGGUGGAGUGAAUGUUGUGGUGUUGGAUAGUUCUCAAGGCAACUCAAUUUAUCAGUUGGAUAUGAUCAAGUAUGUCAAGAGGGUGUACCCUGAUCUUGAUGUGAUUGGUGGGAAUGUUGUGACUAUGUAUCAGGCUGAGAAUCUCAUUCAGGCUGGGGUUGAUGGCUUGAGAGUUGGAAUGGGGUCUGGCUCUAUUUGUACCACCCAGGAGGUUUGUGCUGUGGGGCGUGGUCAGGCGACUGCUGUAUACAAGGUCUCAUCCAUUGCUUACAAAAACGGUGUUCCUGUGAUUGCUGAUGGUGGCAUCUCGAACUCUGGUCAUAUUGUUAAGGCUUUGUCACUGGGUGCGUCAACUGUUAUGAUGGGAAGUUUCUUAGCUGGUAGCCUUGAGGCUCCUGGGGCUUAUGUAUAUCAGAAUGGUCAACGUGUCAAAAAGUAUAGAGGAAUGGGUUCCCUAGAAGCCAUGACUAAAGGGAGUGAUGCAAGGUACUUGGGGGAUACUGCAAAGCUAAAAAUUGCUCAGGGAGUUGUUGGAGCUGUUAAAGAUAAGGGCUCUGUCUUGAAUUUCAUACCAUACACCUUGCAAGCAGUCAGGCAAGGGUUUCAAGAUAUCGGUGCCUCCUCUCUGCAGUCGGCUCAUGACCUUCUACGGUCCAGGGUGAUAAGGCUGGAGGUCCGGAGUGGAGCUGCACAGGUUGAAGGUGGAGUUCAUGGGCUGGUUUCUUAUGAAAAGAAAUACUAUUGAUGUAUGAAACCAUCCAAUAUGACAAACUGUGUCAUUAUCCACUGUUGCAGUUGAGCGUAAAAGAAAGGGAAUUGGGUUAGUGAAUUGAUGCUUGUAUCUCCAAUAGAACAUCGUGGAACUAUUUCCCGAGGUUCUUAAGGAAGAAAACUGAUUUGGUGGGAGCUUUUAAGUUAUGUCCAUUAGAUUUUGUUCUGUCAAACGUGUCUUGGACUUCCAUUAAUAUAUUUUGCAUCUAUUCUGUCAAA